GCUGUGGUUUUUACUGACAUCAAUUAUACUGCAAUCGAGUUCAGUGACUACUGUCAUAAUCAUCAGCCACCUAUUGCUUUUAUAAAGACAGAAGUAAGAGGUCUUUGUAGUGCUUUCUGUGAUUUUGGACCUGCAUUCACUGUAGUCGAUGUUGACGGUGAAGAGCCUCAUACCGGAAUUAUUGCAUCUAUCAGUAACGACAACCCUGCUCUUGUGGCAUGUGUGGAUGAUGAAAGGCUUGAGUUUCAGGAUGGGGAUCUGGUUGUAUUCUCAGAAGUCCGAGGAAUGACUGAACUAAAUGAUGGAAAGCCAAGAAAAGUAAAAAAUGCACGUCCUUACUCCUUCACCCUUGAAGAAGAUACAACUAGUUAUGGUGCAUAUGAGAGAGGUGGUAUUGUAACUCAGGUGAAACAGCCCAAGGUGCUGAACUUCAAGCCGCUGAAGGAGGCAUUAAAAGAUACUGGUGAUUUCCUUCUUUCUGAUUUCUCCAAGUUUGACAGACCCCCUCUUCUGCAUUUGGCAUUCCAAGCAUUAGAUAAGUUUGUGUCUGAAACGGGGCGCUACCCAGUUGCUGGUUGUGAAGAGGAUGCACAGAAGUUGAUUUCUAUAACCAGUAACAUGAACGAAAGCCAAGGUGAUGGCAAAUUGGAUGAUAUUAAUCCUAAGCUUCUUAGACACUUUGCUUUUGGUGCUAGAGCUGUCCUGAAUCCUAUGGCUGCCAUGUUUGGUGGCAUUGUCGGGCAGGAGGUUAUGAAGGCAUGCUCUGGGAAGUUUCAUCCUCUUUUUCAGUUCUUUUACUUUGACUCCGUAGAAUCGCUUCCUACUGAGCCUAUUGAUCCCAGCGACUUCCGACCCUUGAAUAGCCGCUAUGAUGCCCAGAUUUCAGUGUUUGGGUCUAAGCUUCAAAAGAAACUAGAAGAUGCAAAAACUUUUGUUGUUGGAUCUGGUGCUUUAGGCUGUGAAUUUCAAAAUUUGGCUCUCAUGGGAGUUUCAUGUGGAUCAUCUGGAAAAUUGACAAUUACUGAUGAUGAUGUGAUAGAGAAGAGUAACCUAAGUAGGCAAUUCCUCUUCCGGGAUUGGAACAUUGGGCAGCCAAAAUCCACUGUUGCUGCUUCUGCUGCUUUGGCAAUUAAUUCUCAGUUUCAUAUAGAAGCUUUACAAAAUCGUGUUGGCUCGGAGACUGAGAAUGUUUUCCAUGAUGCUUUCUGGGAGAAUCUCAGUGUUGUGAUCAAUGCCCUGGACAAUGUAAAUGCCAGACUUUAUGUUGACCAGAGGUGCUUAUAUUUCCAGAAACCACUUCUGGAGUCUGGAACUUUGGGUGCCAAAUGUAAUACUCAAAUGGUCAUUCCCCACCUGACGGAAAACUAUGGUGCUUCCCGUGACCCCCCAGAGAAACAAGCACCAAUGUGCACUGUGCACUCCUUCCCGCAUAACAUUGAUCACUGUUUGACAUGGGCCCGGUCAGAAUUUGAGGGAUUGCUAGAAAAGACACCGGCUGAAGUGAAUGCAUAUCUAUCUAAUCCUGCUGAGUAUGCCUCUGCAAUGAGAAAUGCUGGCGAUGCUCAAGCAAGGGACAACUUGGAACGUGUAAUUGAGUGUCUUGACAGGGAGCGAUGUGAAUCUUUCCAAGAUUGUAUUUUGUGGGCUCGUCUAAAGUUUGAAGACUAUUUUGCAAACAGGGUGAAGCAGUUAGCUUUCACAUUCCCCGAGGAUGCUGCAACAAGCACUGGUGCACCUUUCUGGUCAGCCCCAAAGAGGUUUCCUCGUCCCCUGCAGUUUUCUACCUCUGAUCCCAGCCAUCUUCACUUUAUUAUGGCUGGAUCCAUCCUGCGAGCAGAGACAUUCGGCAUCCCUAUAGCUGACUGGGUGAAGAACCCCAAGAAACUGUCAGAGGCUGUUGAUCAAGUCAUUGUCCCUGAUUUCCAGCCAAGAAGUGGCAAAAUUGUAACUGAUGAGAAAGCUACUAGUCUUGCUACUGCUUCCGUGGAUGAUGCUGCUGUUAUUAACGAUUUAAUUGUGAAGCUUGAGAAAUGUUGCCAGGCAUUACCACCAAACUUCAGGAUGAAACCGAUCCAAUUUGAGAAGGACGACGACACCAACUAUCACAUGGACCUGAUCGCAGCACUUGCAAACAUGAGGGCAAGAAAUUAUAGCAUUCCUGAAGUGGACAAGCUGAAAGCCAAAUUCAUUGCUGGGAGGAUCAUUCCAGCCAUUGCAACUUCCACAGCAAUGGCCACCGGCUUGGUGUGCCUCGAGCUGUAUAAAGUAAUCGAUGGGUCCCACAAGGUAGAAGAUUAUCGCAACACAUUUGCGAACCUUGCUCUCCCGCUAUUCUCCAUAGCAGAACCAGUGCCUCCCAAGGUUGUUAAACAUCAGAACAUGAGCUGGACCGUGUGGGACAGAUGGAUCAUAAAGAACAAUCCAACUUUGAGGGAACUGCUCAAAUGGCUUUCCGACAAAGGACUGAAUGCCUACAGCAUUUCUUUCGGAAGUUGCCUGCUCUACAACAGCAUGUUCCCUCGACACAAGGACCGGAUGGACAAGAAGAUCUCAGACCUUGUACGGGAUGUAGCCAAGGUAGAGCUGCCACCGUACCGCAACCACGUGGAUGUCGUUGUGGCAUGCGAGGAUGAAGACGACAAUGAUGUUGAUAUUCCCCAAAUAUCCAUCUACUUCGCUGAUCGCUCAGAAACUAGGAGACCUUUAUCCUUUGAACUCCCUUCCCUUCCCUUCUGA